AUGCUGCAGCCUUGGCUGAAGCAGAGGGGACUUGAAGACAACACCCAGGCCCUGGUGUACUUUGCAGUGUCCAAACUUGGAGAGAAGCCUAUUGAUGGCAAGACAGAUGUGAACCCCGAAGGGCUGACAGCCGUGAAUGGCAAACAUGCCUCAGCCUUUGCUGCUAUCUUGGAAUCUGGAGGCCUUGCAUGCAAGGUUCUUGACAAGCAGGCUUUCCAGGAGUGCAUGCUGGAGAAGCUAAUAUGGAUAAGUGCGUUCAUGCUGGUUGGGGUGCGACAUGGCUGCUCAGUUGGGGAGGUUGAGAGUGCUCACAAGGACGAGACUGUGUUGUUGAUCAACGAACUUGCGGCUGCUGGGUGCAAAGCCCUGGGGAUUUCUCUGGGAGAUGGGAUGGUGGAACGGCUGUGCGCCUACGCCCGGUCUGUGGCACACUACCCAACUGCUAUCAAAGAGGUGAUUCCUAUGCGUUCCAGCAACACGAAGCAACGCUUUUGGAACGGUUGCCGAACGAAUCCCUCGCAUUUCGUGCUCGCUGAUGAUCUUGAAUGGAUGGCAUCCUGGCACACCUGGCCUUUGCUGCCUUCGUCACAUUUUUCUCAGCAGAAUGCCGCGCCACUGCUUGCUCACAUUUUUGGUCAGUGCCGGAUGGUGCAUCCAGUCGAGUGA